UACACCUUCUUCCUUUUUCUUUCUCUCUAUUAUAUAUAUACACACACACACAAACACAUUACACACUUCAAAAUUCAUCUUUCUAAACAAGCCAAAACCAAACAACAUUUUCGUUAAAAAUGCAUAUAAAAGAGAGUUCUUUAACAAUCUUUGAGGUACAAAAAAUGGUUGGAAUAUUAUUUGGUUUAAUAUUUCUAGUUGGUAUGAUGAAUAUAAGAGAAGUAGAAGGAAGAAAAUCAAGAGUUAUAGAUAAUUUUGAGUAUUCUGCAAUAAACUGUAGAAGUCACAGUGCAUCUAUAACUGAUUUUGGAGGAGUUGGUGAUGGUUCCACCUCUAACACCAAAGCUUUCAUCACAGCCGUUGAUCAUCUACGCCAGUUUGAAUCAGACGGUGGAGCAUUACUCUUUGUUCCUGCUGGGAAAUGGUUAACUGGUAGCUUCAAUGUUACUAGUCACUUCACUCUUUAUCUUCACAAAGAUGCUGUUCUUUUAGCUUCUCAGGACAUGAACGAGUGGCCAUUGAUUGAUCCCUUGCCAUCGUAUGGUCGAGGAAGGGAUGCACCUGGUGGACGAUAUGCCAGCCUAAUCUUUGGUACUAACGUCACAGAUGUUAUAAUCACAGGGGAAAAUGGCACAAUUGAUGGUCAAGGUGAAAUGUGGUGGCAAAAAUUUCACCAUAAACAGCUUAAGCACACAAGGCCUUACUUAAUAGAGCUCAUGUACUCUGAUAGUAUUCAAAUUUCCCACCUCACGCUCAUCAAUUCUCCUUCAUGGAAUGUUCAUCCUACUUAUAGCAGCAAUAUACUAAUUCAAGGCAUCACAAUCAGUGCUCCAGUCAACUCUCCUAACACUGAUGGGAUUAAUCCAGACUCCUGCACAAACACCAGAAUUGAAGACUGCUACAUUGUCUCUGGGGAUGAUUGUGUCGCAGUCAAGAGCGGGUGGGACGAGUAUGGAAUCUCCUACGGCAUGCCCACGCAGCAGCUAGUGAUCCGUCGUUUGACAUGCAUUUCUCCAACAAGCGCUGUGAUCGCUUUAGGCAGUGAGAUGUCCGGUGGAAUACAGGAUGUCAGAGCAGAGGACAUAUUAGCCAUAAAUUCAGAAUCAGGUGUGAGAAUCAAGACAGGAGUAGGACGAGGAGGUUUUGUGAAGGACAUAUAUGUGAAAGGUUUUACAAUGCAUACCAUGAAAUGGGCAUUUUGGAUGACAGGAAAUUAUGGUUCACACCCCGAUGAUAAAUAUGAUCCUAAAGCAAUUCCUACCAUACAAAACAUCAAUUACAGAGAUAUGGUAGCUGAUGAUGUGAAAAUGGCAGCUAGAUUAGAAGGAAUUUCAGGAGAUCCUUUCACAGAAAUUUGUAUAUCAAAUGUGACCAUUUCAUUGGCUGCUAAACCUAAGAAAGUUCAGUGGGCUUGCACUGAUGUUGCCGGGAUUUCAAGCGAUGUCACACCGAAGCCUUGUGACUCGUUGGCCGAUCAAGGACCAGAUCAUAAAAUACAAUGUCAGUUUCCUGAAGAUCGCUUGCCAAUCGAUGAUGUCGAACUCCAAACAUGUUCUUACAAGAGAAGAUAUCUUUGAUCAUGUUCUUGUUUCUCAAGUUUAAAUAGUUGUUUUCUACCAUAGGAAAUGAAGGAUUGUACAAGAUUUAUGAAUAUCAUAUGAAAAUUUGGAAAGCUAAUUGAAAAGCUACAAAAGUUACUAUGAA